AUGAGGUACUCCAUCACCAUACUAACUGCCGUCCUGGCGGGCCUGACACACAACGUACUGGCCCAGAAUGGCACGGCAGUCUACAAAGACGCCAGUGCCCCAGUCGAGAGCCGAGUAGCGGACCUGCUCUCGCGGAUGACCAUCGAGGAGAAGACAGCCCAGCUCGUCCAGGGCGACCUGCGGAACUGGCUCAACACCACCGACGGCACGCUCAACGCCACCGGCCUCGAGUGGAGCAUGGCGAACCGCGCCGGGCAGUACUACGUCGGCGUCGCGAUACCCUGGCAGAUGCUCAGCGACAGCGUCAAGACGGGCCAGGACUACCUGAUGCAGAACACGACGCUCGGGAUACCGGCCUUUGUCCAGUCGGAGGGCAUCCACGGAUUUCUGAUACCAAACGCGACUAUCUUCAACUCGCCUAUUGCCCAUGCUUGUUCCUUCAACCCGGCUUUGGUCGAGAAGAUGGCGGCGGCUAUUGCGCAGGAAGCGCGCGCUCUGGGGGUGAAUCAGAUCUUCGCUCCUCUGGCCGACUUGGCGCGCGAGUUGCGGUAUGGUCGCGUGGAGGAGACCUUUGGGGAGGAUGGCUUCCUAACGGGAGAGAUGGCAUACUCAUACGUCAAGGGUCUGCAGUCCGGCAACGUCACGUCGAUGGUGAAGCACUUUGCCGCGUUUGCCACGCCAGAACAGGGCAUCAACACCGCACCCGUCCACGGUGGCGAGCGCGAACUCCGGACUACGUACUUGCCCUCGUUCAAGCGAGCCAUCGUCGAUGGCGGCGCGUAUGCCAUCAUGUCCGCCUACCACAGCUACGACGGUGUUCCUGCCGUAGCGAACAAGCACCAUCUCACCGACAUAUUACGGGAGGAAUGGGGCUACAAGUACUGGGUCUCGAGCGACUCAGGAGGCACCGAUCGGCUAUGCGACGCCUUCCACAUGUGCGAGAGUGACCCUAUCGACUCUCACGCUGUCGUCAACUACGCCCUCCCAGCCGGAAACGACGUAGAAAUGGGCGGCGGAUCCUACAACUUCGAGACCAUCCCCGAGAUGGUCUCGUCGGGCCUACUAUCCGUCGACAUCGUCAACGAGGCCGUCGCCCGCCAACUCCGCGCCAAGUUCGAGGCCGGCCUCUUCGAGAACCCCUUUACCGGCGUAGCAGAGGAGGAGCAGGCAGACUACAUCAACACACCUGAGACCAUCGCGCUCGCGCGGCAGCUUGACGCCGAGUCCAUCGUCCUGCUUGAGAACCACGAGAAUAUCCUGCCUCUUAGUAAGAAGGCCAACAUCGCCGUCAUUGGGCCCAUGGCCCACGGGUAUAUGAACUACGGUGACUACGUUCCCUACAAAGCUCAAUACCGGGGCGUGACGCCCCUCGACGGCAUUCAAGCCGCCAGCACGGGCACAGUGACCUACGCCCAAGGCUGCGAGCGCUGGUCCAGCUCCCAAUCCGGCUUCGCGGCCGCCAUAUCCGCCGCCGAAGCAGCCGACGUAGCCGUAGUGGUCGUCGGCACGUGGACGCGGGACCAAGACGAGCUCUGGGCGGGUCUAAACGCGACAACAGGCGAGCACAUCGACGCAUCCAACCUGAACCUCGUGGGCGCAAUGCCGCACCUCGUCAGCGCCAUCAUCGCCACCGGCAAGCCGACCGUCGUCGUCUACAGCUCCGGGAAACCGGUUACAGAACCGUGGAUCUCGAACGCGUCAAGCGCGCUGGUGCAGCAGUUUUAUCCCUCGGAACAGGGGGGUAAUGCUCUCGCGGAUGUGCUGUUCGGGGAUGUGAAUCCGGCGGGUAGGCUGAGCGUGAGCUUUCCGUAUGAUGUUGGCACGACGCCGAUUUAUUACGAUUAUUUGAACUCGGCGCGCGGGUCCCCGAAUCCGGGGGCGGUGUACGAUAAUGGCACCAUCGUCUUCGGUAACGAAUACGUGCUGGCGAGCCCGCUGCCGCUGUAUAGUUUUGGGUACGGGCUGUCGUACAGCGCGUUCACGUACACUGGACUCGCACUAUCGCAAGCCGAGGUCGGCGCUGAUGAUGUCGUGACGGUCAGCGUGGACGUGACGAACGAGUCCGACCGCGAUGGCGCCGAGGUCGUCCAGGUCUACGUCAAGGACGUCGUCAGCAGCGUCGUCGUGCCCAAUAUGCAGCUCAAGGGCUUCGCCAAGGUGAUGAUUGCCGCGGGUGCGACGGAGACGGUGAGCAUAGAUCUCAACGUGGCGGAGUUGGGCCUUUGGGAUCUCAACAUGGAGUAUGUUGUUGAGAAGGGGGCGUUUACGGUGAUGGUGGGCAGCUCGAGUACGGAUCUGAGGGCUAAUGUUACACUGAAUGUUGUCUAG